AACGAUGACAUCUUCAAAAAUAAUGGAAACGAGGCGACGUUUCCAGGAAGUGUACGGUCAGCGGAGUGAAGAAAAAGACUACGGAUCGAUGGAAAACCUGGCCAAUGCACAUCGAGAAUAUUUGAAAGUAGUGCGGCGUCAGAAUCGAGAAGCUGCUUUACGCCGGAUAGAUCAAUCCAUGCAAUAUGUGGAGCAUUUGAGCAGGUCUUUUUCUGCCGAAACUUUUCAACAAAACGUUAACGUAGAAGUUCUCCAACCAGCCCAACCACGUGUUGAUUCAGUUCAAUUUGAAGCUGCAAGCUUCUUGAGACGUCUUCUGGCAGAAUUGAUAGAUUUUGUUUUUAUUCUCAGCUUCAAACUUGCUGUAGUUGGAACACUCUCGGAAUUGGGUCACAUUGACCUAAAGCAAAUCGGAGCAAGCUUGGAUGAUGAUCAGGAUGUGAUGAACUUCAUUAAUCUUGCUCAAGACCUUCUCCCAGUUGAAGUUGUGUGUAAAGUAUUUUGCUGUUUCGUGGAAGCGGUGUUAAUGGCUCGAGGAUUUGGACCAAUCGGAGUUGGACAGACGUUGGGAAAAUGGAUGUGUGGAAUUCGAGUAAUUUCUUGUCGUGAUGUUACUUCCGCAGAACGCCCUGAUCAAAUUAUUGUAGAGGGACCCGAUUUGAUUACUUAUUCACAGGCCCUGAAGCGAUCAUUCAUAAAAAACUUGGUGGUCAGUAGCUUUUUCCCACUGAGCACCGCAGUUUUCCAGAUUAACAGAGGACGUGUCUUCUACGAUAUGAUGGUGAAAACUUGUGUAGUUGUAGAAAUCAACUAAUUUAUUGAAUGUAUUAUUUGAAACUGAAGAAUCAUUCCUUUUUCUUUUUUGCCAGGGUUGGGUUUUGAUUUGGGAUUUUUUUAAUCAUUUUUCAACGAUAUAUAAUUUAUUUUGCAAAUAAUAAAUUAGUAUAUUUAUU